CUGUUUUGUAUCUAUCCUCAAGGGUGGUGCUUGGGCUUAUCCUCUGCUGCAGUCACAAUGGCCACAGCAUAUCCCAUGGAUACUCCAUCAAGAGUGUUGAGGAGGGUCCAGCAGAUGGAGGACGUGGAAUUGCCUUCGUUACCCAGUAUUGAGCAUGGGUUGGAUGAUGGAAUGACCAGCGAGGAGGAAGAAGAUGAGUCGGACAAGUCGACAGAGAUGCAGUCGCCUGCUUUGAAAAAGAGCUCAAAUGAGAGUGACAUGGCCACGCCUCACCCGCUCCGCCAAAGCUAUAUCCCCCGUUUGGCAAAAUCUUCUCCAGCCGAUACGACUCCGACCGACGUAUCGUCAUCCGGGUCUCCAUUCCCACCUCAACGUCAAAACAGCGCAACUCCCUCUCCUUACGCUGUCAGUGCUCCAGGCACAUCUACUCCGGUCACCUUGCAGUCACGACCCUCUCGUCCGAAUCUAGCUCAAGCUGCUCAAGGCUCAAACGAGAUGGAGCGGACUCAGAGUGCUCGCAGUCUGAAGAGUAGUACAGGAACCACGAGAGACAAGUGGCACACACCAGGCGAGAUGAGUCGAAGCUUCUCAGGCGAACAAAUUAGCCCAGAGUCGUCAUUUGAGGGAACCGAGAUGGAAGACGAAAAAUCGGUGCCUCUCAAUGACACAUCGGUGAUGUCUCGGGACUCUGAAUUCCACCGCCCGCUUACUGAGACCCCUUACACCCGUCGCCUCUCGAAUGGGCAUGUACUUCAUCAACGUCCUGGCAAGCGAGUGUCGAAUAUGCCUCGCCCCACCAUCUCUGGACAAAAUCCUGGAGCUCUAUCACCCAUAUCUUCGUCCGCAGGGACCGCCUCAACCCCACAGUCGAAUCAGACCGCUCUUCACAUACCUGCCGCUCGGAUUCCCAGCCUCACUCACAGCGAUCACAGCGCUACAGAUGUUAGUGAGCCCACUGGGACACCCGAGGGCCCAUCUCGAGAGAUCACAGUCAUGUCAACGCCUCGGCUGGCUCGCGAUGCGUCCCAGAAUUACGACGACUCGAUCGAAAGUGGAGGCUCAGCCACGGAGCUGCACGAUAGCGAACUGCCCAGUCUUCCAAGUCUGCCAGCUCCCGAAGACAUGUCUCAAUCAGUGGCUCCAACACCCUCCAAGAGCGUGAUCUCGGAUAUCAUGUCUACCCCUGGAAUGGGUCGAUUGCAAUCGCCAAGACACAUGUCGCCAUUUUCCAAGCAGCAUACUCCUUACGCGGCUCCUCUGACCGACGUUACCAUGUCAAAUAAACAAUCGCCCGCGUCCCUCCCAUACACUCCUGGAAGUGUCGGAUCUAGGGGUUCCAAAGGUAGCGAUUUCUCGACACCUCGAGCUCUUUUGGACGAUGCAGAACGGCGCAAGAAUCAUGUGAUCGCCGUUUUGAGCUCCACAGAAAUGCCAUCCCGUAGACUAGCGGUCCGUGGGACGCCUCAUCCUCUUCGCAGAGUCUCCAAUGCCUCGCCAGCCAGCUUCGCCGAUGGCUCACCUGCUAUGCCCGGACAGCCCAGCUCAUUCCGAGCGACCAGUCAAGAGCCGCACAGUGGGGACUUCAAUCGCACUCAAGCCAACGAGUCCUUCGUAUCCGUGGCGUCGUCCGCCGAUUUGACGACCGAUCAUCGCGCCUCUCGCACCAACGGACCUCUUGUUCGGGCCAACACAUCCUUCCCGACUAUUCUUCUUCCCACCGGACGAAAUGCCAGCAGCGGUUCGCUCAGAAACCUUUCAGAAUCUCGAGCUGAUGGGGUCAAAAUACACCGUCACUUGAAUGCGAUGAACAAGCAGUUACUAGAGACGAAUGCUGGUCUGGCAAGAGAAGCUGAAGCAUGGCGAGACGAGGUUGACCGACUCAUCGGCAUCUUGCGAGACGCCGGAAUCGAUUUCGAAGAGGUGGAUGUGCUUGCCAAUCUGAGUGCUCAGAUGGACCAGGCAAAUCACUCUCGCCAGGACAUGCUGUCAGAACGAUUCAGGGAUCGUCGAGACAACAGCGACAUAAACGGUUCUCUGGAGUUGCCCCGUGAUGGCUCGAGCUUGCAAGCUCAGCACGAGGAUGUACCUCCCAUGUCGGACCUGCUCGCAACGCGAAUGUCCCUAGUCGACGAGAAGCGGAGCAACGACGAGACAUUCCCCGCCGGCGCCCUCUUAGAAGGGCUCUCAGACGCCGACUUUGACUUCGUUGUGACAGAAGUGGUGGAACGACUGGACCUUCUCGAGGACCAUUUGAUCCAGAAGACUGGUCAAAUUAAGGAUCUCCAACGAGAACUCGACGUCGCUCAUGGUUUCGGAUCGAGUGAGGGUAAUACCACUGCUGUCAAUCAGAAAGUCGACGAGCUCUCCCAAAAGCUCGAGGAAGCCAAUCAGGAGCGUGCGGAACUUCAAGCCUCUUAUGCUCGAAAGACCGAAGAGCAUGCGAAGAAGUUCGGAGAAAUCUGCUCCGGUUUCGAGGAGCAAGUCAGUGGAUUGGAGAAGGAGCUAUCCGCUGCCAAGUUGGAAGCCGAUCGACUGCGGUCAGAGGCGUCGAAACUGGAAAAGCUGCAGAGUAGAGCGUCACAGGGCGAAAGGGAGGCAGAACUGAAGAAACAGCUUGGGGAAAUCAAUGUGGAACUCAGGCUUGCCACUGAGGCUUCGCAAGCCAGAGCCGCAGAAGUUGAAGAUUUGAAACAGACUUCCUUGGUAGCCUCAAAAGAGCGCGCGGAAUUGGACCACAGAAUGGAGUCCAUACAGAAGGAGCUAGCUGAGACGCUGGCUCAACUUCGAUCAGCAGAGCAGGAACUGGGGAAGGCACGAGCAGAGGCUUUGAGCGAGCAAGCGCAACCCAGCCCGGCAUCCGAAGGCGAAGGGGAUCCCGAGAAGACUCGCGAUCUGGAGUCCAUCAACGCCCAACUCGAGGAGGAACUGGAGCAACAGGACAAGGAGAUACAGAAUCUUAACGACAAGCUUGCAACACUUCAAGCUGAUCUAGACGCCAUGUCUGACGCAAAGGAGAACGCCGAAAACCUACAGAACGAUGUUGAGCAUUUGAACCGCAUGCUGGACGAGGCAGAGGAGAAUCUCGCUGAGAAGGAAGCUGAGCUCGAAAGUCUCAGGGGCAAGACAUCGCUGUCGCAGUCCCUCAAUUCGGUCGGACCACAACAGAGCGACAAAAUUGCGGAAAUGGAGCAACAGCUCGAGGAUGCAUUCAAGGAGAUUGGCCGACUGAAGCACGAGCUGGGGUCGGCUUCUCAUCGCAAAGCAGUCCUCGACAUGAAGGACAUGCGCAUCCAAUCGUUGGAGAAAGAAAAGGCACUGCUUCAAGGACGCCUGGCGAGCGCACGAGAUACCUCUGUUGGACUCAAGGCGGCAGGUUCACCUUUCAAAGCCACACCUUUGGCACGCAAAUCAUUCUCUACGAAAGCCCUGACCCCAGGUCCCAUGAUGGAGAUGUCCUGGCUCCAGACGACGAUCGGAGAUGCCAAUGAGUCGGUGUUACUGGCCCAGAUGGAAUAUCUGCAAAAGGAGCUUGACGUGGCGAACGGGCAUCUCGAUGCCAACUUCAGUCGACUGGAGGCGGCCGGACUAAACGGUCUGAAUCUGGCUGAAAGACUUGCCAGUGCUCAGGAUCGGAUCGCAGAGCUCGAGGCAGAGCUGCGGGCGAUGCGAGUCAAGAGUAAGACUUCAGAUGCGGAGCACAUGCUUGAUAAGGACGAAAAGGCCAUCAUGGAAGCACGGUUGAAGGCUGCCCUGAAAUCUGUCAACGAACAGCUUGCUGCCGCCAAGGCAGACUACGACGCCGAGCAAGAGAGGCUCCACAAUGACAAUGCCAGAUUGCGAGAUUUUAUCACUGAGGUCAGGGCGAAAAGUGACGCAAAAUAUGAUCGAGUAUUGGCGGAUAUGGAGCGCUUGCAAAGCGACACCGAAGCGACAAUCACGCGCCUGACAUUGGAGAAGGCAAAGGUCGAAGGGGAUCUCGAAUCCGUACAACGGGAGUUGCGCUUGUCCGCGUCCAAGAUUCAGCGUUUAGAGCGUGAGAUGCAGCAGCGGCUAGAAGCCAGAGAUGGACAUGAUGCUGCAGAUUCGAUCCAAAUUCAGGAGCUAGAGAAGAAGCUGCGUGAAUUGCGAGUCAAAGUCCGAUCCCUGGAAUUGUCCCUGGAUGAUCGCACGGAGGCUCUGAGGACCGCAGAGGAACGUAUAGCUUCGAUGAGGCGCGAAAAACAGUCGACAGCAGAUGAACUGGCUCUCUUCGAAAACGAUCUUCGCGCCCAACGGAUCGAGAACGAGCGAUUCGGCGUCGAAUUGAGGCGACUACAAGCAGCGCAGAAGCAGUCCGAUCCGAACGUGGAAGCAGAGCUCGCGGCUUGCCAAAGAGAUUUGGACACGGCUCGACGAGGGAGAGAUCACUGCGAGCAACUGCUCAAAGAGGCAAGGCAAGAUUGUUCUGAUCUCGAGCUGUGGAAAACGUCCCAUCAAUGCAACUCGGGCCUAGAAAUCGCACUGGCUGACCAGAGGACUCGGUUCAAGGCCCAACACAAGGAGCUCGCGGCACAAGUCAAAUAUCUCAAAGCCAAGUUCACUCGCGAAGCUACAUUCCGAAAUGCGCUGUCACUGCAGAAGCGUUAUCUGUUGCUCUUGGUCGGUGGAUACAGUCUCAACGAACAGGCCAUCCUGAAGCAGAUCGCGUCUAUGGGCUACCCUAUUCCUGAUAUGCCGCGCCCUAGGAGAACUCUGAAGGCCGUCGGGAUAGCUGUGCUAGGCGCCAUUCGCGCCAGAAAUUCUGCUCAGGACUGGCGGCGUGAACGGAAACUCAAGGAUGAAGCCGUAAAUUCUUACCAUGAGCGAAAGCUCGAACUGCUAUAAUCAAUCUCCUCCAUUUUGGUUUGGGUCCCUUUGAAUUUUUGUAUUUCGGUG